AUGCCCAACAGGUGCAUCCUCCAAGCUGCUCUCCUGGUGUGCUUCUGCACCAGAGCUCUUUCUGGGAACUACAGCUUGCUUAGAUCCCAGCAGAGAAGAAGCAAUCUGGAAAGCCAGAGGAUCCUGGGCCAGUUGAAUGGAUCUGAUAUCAAUUGCCUCAAGCUAAGGCUAAACAGCACCCUCCCUGAGGAGGUGAAGCAUCCACCAAGGCUCCAGAAGGAAGAUGCCCUAUUAAUCACCGAUGUGAUGCUUCAGCAGAUCUUCCAGAUCUUUGGCAGAAAUUAUGCCAGUACUGGCUGGGAUGAGAGCAUCAUUAAGAAACUCAAUGUGAACCUUUAUGAACAGAUAAAGCAGCUGAAAACUGCCAUGGGAGAAAUAGCGGAGAAGGACAAUUUCCCUUGGUCAAAUAAGAUCAUCCGGAAACUGAAGAAAUACUACUUCAAUCUCGUAUGUUACUUGCAGGUCAACGAGUACAGUAGCUGUGCCUGGGUGAUCGUCAAAAGAGACAUCUUCAGGAGCAUUUUCUUCCUUAACAAACUUACAGACUACCUCCCAGACUGA